AACACCAACCCUGAAAGAUCCAAGUCACAGCAGUACUAGCCCAAGCAUCAUCAAUGACGAUGUGAUUAUUAACGGUCAUUCUCAUGAAGAGGAUAAUCCAUUUGCAGAGUACACGUGAAUGGAAAAUGAAGAGGAAUUCAACAGACAAAUAGAAGAGGAGUUGUGGGAAGAAGAAUUUAUUGAACGCUGUUUCCAAGAAAUGCUGGAAGAGGAAGAAGAACACGAAUGGUUUAUUCCAGCCCGAGAUCGCCCACAAACAAUGGACCAAAUCCAAGACCAGUUUAAUGACCUUGUUAUCAGUGAUCGCUCUUCUCUGGAAGAUCUUGUGGUCAAGAGCAAUCUGAAUCCCAAUGCAAAGGAGUUUAUUCUUGGGGUGAAGUACUGACAUGUCUGAGCAGCCGGCCACUUUUGGUGGAUGUAGCACAGCUUCCACACUGGGAAGGCAGUGUUAGAAGACUCCAUUGUAAAAGCUCUCUCGUCACUGUGUUACACUUAUGCAUUGCCAAAGUUUUUGUUAGUCUACUAUGCUUAAU